AUGGCCUCUUGCGUCCAUACCGAUGCUGCGGAUCUGAAUCCGCCAGGAUCCUCCCAGGCAGUUUAUCGAGAAGAUUGCACUCAGUGCUUUGAUUCUAUUGACGAUGAUGCCGGUCUAAACGUUUGUCUACAUUGCUUCAAUGGUGGAUGUGCUGGAAACAGAGACCAUGCCCUGCUUCACUACAAGAGAUUUGGUCAUUCACUGGCUUUGAACAUUCGAAGGACCCCUAAGAAAGUGCAGCGCGACGAGCCUCCCCCGAAGAUAUCAAAGCUUUCCAUCGCAGCUGAAACAGAAGAGGACAGGUAUGACAUUGCUACGUCAGUGGUCUGCUAUUCAUGCAACCAGAACAAUGUGGAUAAAGCCAGUGGCAAGCUUCCUGUUGUCAUCGAAGGUGUUAUGAACGCAAUGACUUUCUCGAAAAAGGAAGAAGUCAAAGCCUGGGAGCAAGAGUUUGUUCCUUGCGAGCAUACACUCUGUCUGGUUCAACAAGACAACACGCAAGCCACGUCAACGGAUUUGGGCCACUGCUCAGAGUGUGACAUGGGCGAGAACCUCUGGCUAUGUCUGGAAUGUGGGAACAAGGGUUGUGGGCGAAAUCAAUUCGGUGGAAGCAAGGGAAACUCCCAUGGGCUUACUCACGCAGACUCAACAUCACAUGCCGUGGCUGUCAAGCUCGGCUCUAUCACAGCAGAAGGCUCCGCUGAUGUCUACUGCUAUAAGUGCAACGAAGAAAGAGUAGACCCAGAACUGGCAACCCACCUUGCACACUGGGGAAUCUACUUGGCUGGACGUGAAAAGACGGAGAAGAGUCUGAUGGAAAUGCAGGUCGAGCACAAUCUCAAAUGGGAAUUUUCCAUGACAACCGAGGAUGGCCGGGAGCUGGCUCCAGUCUUUGGGCCUGCAUUUACAGGCCUGGCGAAUCUCGGAAACAGCUGCUAUCUCUCCAGUAUCAUGCAAUGCAUAUUUUCGGUAACCGGAUUUCGUGAGCGAUACUAUCAACUAUCAGAAGAACCACCACUCUGCCAAGCACCAGCACAGGACCUUGAGACACAAAUGCAAAAGCUUGCCGACGGUCUACUCUCAGGCCGGUAUUCCCAACCUGAUUCUCGCGCUAUGUUGUCCGCAGACAUCCCAGAAGUCGUUCAUCAGAAAGGUUUAGCACCAGCAAUGUUCAAGUAUCUUAUUGGGCAAGGUCAUGAGGAGUUCGCAACCAUGAGACAGCAAGAUGCAUUUGAAUUCCUUCUUCAUCUAUUCAAGUCGGUCGCCCUAUCGAAGCACACCAGUCCGCAGAUUAACCCGGUAGAGCACUUCCGCUUCCAAGUUGAGCAGCGUCUUCAGUGUUUGCAUUGCAAGAAAGUCCGUUAUAAAGUGGAUGAGCAGGACAACAUUUCGGUUGCUGUUCCUGCACGUCUUGCCACCACUUCUGACGAGACAGGAAAGAAAUAUGAGUCUGUGGAUUUGUUAGAGUGUCUAGACAUCUUUACUUCGGCGGAGGUCGUUGAGCUUACAUGCCCUGCUUGUGGCAGCCAAGAUGGUUUUUCGAAGCAGUCGUCUUUCAAAACAUUGCCUCGGGAAUUGGUGAUCAAUGCUCGUCGGUUUGAGCUCGUCAACUGGGUUCCUACAAAGUUGGAUAUCCCUGUGCAGGUCGACGAUAAGCCAUUAGACUUCAGCUCUUACCUUGCUGGUGAGCAUGAUGCGGGUGAGGAGUUACUUCCGGAUAUUGAAGAACCCACCGCAUUUGUCCCGAAUCCGGAAGCUCUUGGCCAACUCAUGGGCAUGGGGUUCCCUACUGUGAGGUGUGAGAAAGCUCUGCAUGCCACUGGUAAUUUAGAUCCGGAAACUGCCAUGAAUUGGCUAUUUGCCCACAUGGAAGAUCCGGACAUCGAUGAACCGCUGGCUCUUGAUCGAAUCGGCGCCUCUAGUUCUAGUGAGCAAGAUGCGACAAAAAUUGCCCAGCUAGGUGAUAUGGGAAUUGAGGCGUCUCGUGCCCAGCGAGCGUUGGCUGCGACCGAUGGCGAUGUUAACAGGGCAUUAGAUUGGGUUUUCACUCACCCGGAUGAUGUGGUGGAAAGGGAAACCCCGAGUGUCGACCACAGCGCACAGUCUCAUGAUGGCUCGGUUGGGCUCACCAGCGUACCUGCUCGCUAUGAAUUAAGGUCGAUUGUAUGCCACAAAGGCACAUCAGUUCAUGCAGGACAUUAUGUUGCCUUGAUUCGCAAACCAUUGACAGGUCAAGGUGACCUGUCAUGGGUGAUGUUCAAUGAUGAAAAGGUUGUCAAGUUCGAAGAUAUCGAAGCGAUGAAGAAGACCGCGUAUCUUUACUUCUUCACGCGGGUCUAG